AUGGGGGUCGUUCUUUUACCUGCCCUGAUCCCAGACAUCGAGAAGGUCUACGAUGUCUACUUUGCCGCCUUCAAGAACGAGCCCAUGGCCGAGAUCAUGUUGGGUGUCCUCUUCCCAGGCGGCAUCACGCCCGAGUUCCGGAAAGAGCACACCAAGGCGACGCUGGACUGGUGGCACAAAUCCGACAGCCAGUACACGGGCAAGGUGGUCGACCUGGAGACGGGCGAGAUCAUUGGCAUGCUCCUGGCGGAUAUCUUCUUGAAGGAGCGGUCGGACGAGGAGCGGCAGUGGAUGGGGAUUCCCUGGCUCGAAGGCCCCGAGAGGGAGAGGGCAGAGGCCAUCACGCGUCCGUUGUGGGAAAUGCGAGAGAAGCUGUUUGGCGGGCGCAAAUAUAUCUAUGUCCAUGUCAUCGGCAUCACCCCGAGUUUCCAAGGUCUCAAGGCCGGCGCGGCAAUGAUCGACUGGGGCAUCAAGGUGGCCGAGGCCGCCGACCUCCCUAUCUACGUCGAAGCGUCGCCCUCGACCUGGGUGCUGUAUACGCGAUAUGGGUUCGAGAGGAUCGAGGAAAAGGUGAUCCAUUCCAAAGAGUUGACGCAGACCGAGGAGGAUAUCGACGUGCCGCUGAUGGUCCGAAUGCCACCUUGUGCGAAGGGCAUGGGCUUUGAAGAAUGGCGGGCUAAAGGCUACCCGGCGUUCGAAUAG